CACCCACCCCCUACAUAUACACACACUGCACUUCACUCACCCAUACUACAACACACUCUAUGUCUUCCGCAUGAUGCAAUUCGAAUGAGCCCUAGCUCUGUGCUCCUCUCUCCACACCGCCAUUGUUCAUUUAGAUCCCGGAGCUAGCUCAAGAAAUGCACACUGCAGUUUUUAUGGAAAGCAAGUCAGUCUAACAUCAUGCACCCCUCUAUGGCAACGCAAACAGACAUGAACAAAGAAAAUGUACGUACUGCUAAUAAUAAAGAGCCUACGAAAAGGAUUACUAGAGCACAGGCUAAAGCUUUGGGUGUAUCUGGCGAUUUGCCCCCACUACACCCUCAGGCAAAACAGAGAAACAAUCAGUUUCAGCAACCAAACUCUAAAAGAGGUUCUUCUGAUAACAAGUCCGCUGAUGUUAGCGCUAGUUUUCAGUCUAAAAGAAGGGCUGUUCUCAAGGAUGUCACCAACAUGCCCUUUAAUAAAUUAAAUACGAAAGUCAUUGGUGACAUAAAAAUCCAGACUUGCAAGCAGACAAGAACAAAUGUUGCCGGAAAGAAUGCCAUGGUGGCGCCAACUGUUUAUGUGGGCCCCUGGGAUCGUAAGGGAAAAACAAAAGCAACAGAAGAUGUGACUGAACAGAGCAUAAAAGAAUUAAGAGAAAUAACUUCACAGCUAAAGUUAGUGAAUGGUUUAGAAAGCAAACCAAGUAUAGCUCUUGGAAGCACUUUGCUGAAAGGAGAAACCAAGAUUUCCAACAAAGUGGAAGAUGGAAAUGGUCAAACUAUUGUUGACAUCGAUUCUAAUCACAAGGAUCCUCGGAUGUGCAGCUUAUAUGCUGCUGAAGUAUAUAACAAUUUAUGCGUGGCAGAGCUAAAGUGGAGGCCUUCAGUUAAUUAUAUGAAAACAGUGCAGCGAGAUAUCACACAGGAAAUGCGCGGUAUUCUCAUCGACUGGCUUGUGGAGGUUUGUGAAGAGUAUAGGCUAGGAGCCGAAACAUUUCACCUAACCGUCACUCUUAUUGAUCGAUAUCUCUCUAAAAUGUACAUAGAAAAACAAAGACUUCAAUUGCUUGGGAUCACCUGCAUGCUUAUUGCCUCGAAGUAUGAAGAAACCAGUGCUCCACGUGUUGAAGACUUCUGUUUCAUCACAGAUGGGACCUACACUAGAAAGGAGCAGGUACUGGACAUGGAGCAUGAAGUUCUAGAUGUGUUGGGCUUCAACCUUUCUGUCGCAACCAUAAAUAAGUUCCUUCGGAGAUUUAUUUUAGCAGCACAAAGUUCAUACAAGGGUCCCGUUGUAGAACUCGAAUAUCUAGCAAAAUAUUUAGCAGAAUUAACUCUCGUUGAGUACAGUUUUUUGAGGUUUCUGCCAUCCCUCAUUGCUGCCUCAGCUGUGUUUUUAGCCAAAUGGACACUUGAUCAGAUUGAACAUCCAUGGAAUCCAACUUUAGAACAUUAUACUAAUUAUAAGGCAUCUGAGCUGAAAACAACAGUCCUGGCUAUGCAAGCAAUGCAACAUAACAAUGAAGCCUCUCUUCAAGCAAUACGCCAAAAGUACAGGCAAAAGCAGUUCAAAAGCGUUGCAACCUUAACCUCCCAAAAACCAGUGAAGCCGUUGUCCUAACGUUUGCCAUGACUACUUAAUGUUUCACAUAAAAGACGGGAUGAUUUAACGUCCAUGAACAUAACGUCACCCUUCUCAUAUCAAACAUUUCCGAUCCCCUCGGCUACAUAUUCUCAUGUUGUAAGUUGUAACCAUUUAGGAGAUGUCUAUGUAUCUUUUCUUUUAACAGCAUGUAUCUAUAACAGUUGAUUUAUGUUUUACAAUUCUAUUGUAUCUAACUUUUUUUUCGAGUUAAUUGCAUGGAAAUGUUUGGUUCAGUUUGUACCAAAA